GCUGUCGCCGUCGCCGCUGCCGCCCGCCCUCCGCGUGUCCCCGCCGCGCUCCAAUCCCUGCGGCCGGCCCGGGGCGCGCUCGGUCGCUCGGGGCAGAGUGUCCCCGCUGCGGGCCUGCGGCGAUGGCCACCAAGAUCGACAAGGAGGCUUGCCGGGCGGCGUACAACCUGGUGCGCGACGACGGCUCGGCCGUCAUCUGGGUGACUUUUAAGUAUGACGGCUCCACCAUCGUCCCCGGCGAGCAGGGAGCGGAGUACCAGGACUUCAUCCUGGAGUGCACAGAUGACGUCCGGUUGUUUGCCUUCGUGCGCUUCACCACGGGGGAUGCCAUGAGCAAGAGGUCCAAGUUCGCCCUCAUCACGUGGAUCGGCGAGAACGUCAGCGGGCUGCAGCGAGCCAAAACCGGUACGGACAAGACCCUGGUGAAGGAGGUUGUGCAGAAUUUUGCUAAAGAGUUUGUGAUCAGCGAUCGGAAGGAGCUGGAGGAAGAUUUCAUUAAGAGCGAGCUCAAGAAGGCCGGGGGCGCCAAUUACGACGCGCAGACGGAGUAACCCCCGCCCUCGCCCUGCCCCUUGCAAUGUCACCCGCCUGCUCCCCGGGGGAGGGGACCGCGGCCUCAGCCACCAGCCCGCCAGCCCAUCAGGGACAGGAGACGCCGUGAGAGGCAACACGCGCCCCCCUGUCUGCAGCCCACCUCCCCUUCCCCGCUCCCCUCCUGAGUGCCCCCCCCACGCCUUAUCUCCUGAAGCUCAUGGAACAUCUUUCUUUCAUCUCCCUUUCCUUUUCCCCCGCUUUUGCUUGUUCUAAGGAAAAAUCAUUUUGAUGCCGAGGCCACGCCCCUCAGCAGAGCGGAAGCUUCUCCUGCGGUGAACCCUUUUCCUGGCCUCUCCUGCCAUCAGCCUGCAUCGCCGGGGGGCAAGGCCACCGUCUGGUGUCCCUUUGCACCCACCUGCUUGGGGGAGGAGGCCACCGUGCCCGUCGGGGGGUCGCCUUGACCCGCACACACAUCUAUCCCAUGUAUCAGGCUCAGGCCACCCCCCCAACCCCUGAGUGUGCUCCGGGGCCCCUCCCCCGCCCCCCCCCCCAUUCAGGGUUGCCUAAGCUGGGGAUCCGUCCGACGGGGACAGUGCUCGGCAGUGAGACACUCAGGCCCGACUUCGAACAGAAGCAAGAAAAUUUGCCUUAACAGUUGCCCGGCCGCGGCAUGGGCCUGCAGUCUGCAGCGGCUCCUUCCUACCCUUAGGGUUGAAGUCUCAUCGUGGCACAGAGCCGGGGCACAGGUCCAAGUCCAGCAGGGACAAGGAGUCCUUCCAGUUUCCCUUCAGGGGCUCCCCCAGCGACGAGGACGCCUGGGAGGGAGGCUGGGGUGCGCGGCAGGAGUUCCGGGUAGAACUGGAGGCCGAUGCCUCACUUUCGGGGAGGCCCUCUGUGCUUGGGGGCGGUGGGUGACUGCCACCGAGCCGCCAGUGGAGCGGGUCCCCGCCCUCGGCACCAGAAGGUCUGUGGCGUUCAUCCCGGGUCAGCAGCGCACGUUCAAAAGGAUUUUUUUUUCCAAAGGAAGAUGAGAUUGGCUUGGUCCUUCGUGAGCACGGUUCAUGUUGUUCUUUUUCUUCUUUUCCUUGCUCGUUUCAUUUGGGGGUAGGAAAUCUGUGCUGUACUGGGGUCGGGAAGAGCAUCUGUCCUCAAACAGUUGACAGAAAUAAAUGUUUUUUUUUGUUUUUC